AUGAAGUCGGUGGUCGUCGCCUUUCUCGCCGGCUUUUUUUCAGCACUCUGUUUGGCGAAAAUAUGGGGCAUCCUGGCAAAGUCCGCCAACGAUGGGUCCGUCACCGUCAAUGACGACACUCUGAGAAAGAGGUGUCACAAUGUGACAUCCUUGGCAAAGCAAACGCCCCCGCUUCCUUGUCCAACGUUACCCUCGCCCAUCCUUAUCCCAACACUUCCUGAUCCGCCAAAGAGGAUAGCACACCCGCUCGGAAAAGAAGGAUUCGUUUGGCCCUCACAAAAGUUGGGAGUCGCGCCGCGCGAAGCCACGGAACGACCUUCUUUGCAGACUCCCGCCUUGUCCCUACCCGAUUUCCUCGAAAGCUUACGUAAGAGUGGUCUAGCUCUACAUGGCUUCAUUGUCAACGUGGGUGCGGCCGACAGCUGUCUCCGUCAACGAUUUGAAUGCGAUGAGGCCAACCAACUCUUGCCGCUCCGCCCGGACGUUGCUCUCGCAAAGGAUGAAGUACGCGGUCGCAACCAGCAACUUUACACAAAUACUACUUUUCACGGCUUCCUUUUCGAGCCGGGUCCGCUAAUACGUGAACACAGAUCAGUAUACGUCGAGGGAAGCUAUACAGUGAUGUCCACACCAUUGAGUUACUCCAACGCCGUGGCUAGUCUCGAGGAAGCAAAGGUCCCGAAGGAAUUUGAUGCUAUAAAGUACGACACUGACUCGGCGGAUUGCGAUGUUCUAAACAUCAUACUCGAGGCGGGAUACCGACCCCGUGUAAUCCUAGCCGAAUUCAAUUUCGUGUUUCCUCCUCCACUGCUGUUCAACCAAAUGGCCACACCCGAUGGGCUCUUCCGAUGGGGAGUUAUGGAACCUCACUACCAACAGGUUGGGGAUCAAUGUUCCUUGUCGCACUUGUCGAGCGUCAUGGCCCGGCAUGGGUACACCUUGGUCCAGGUGGACUGGUGGGACGCCUUUUACGUACAAAACCACCUUGUGAGUGCUGCAACGGGAGGGGCUCCCAUUUACGACGAUCUUUCAUGGUAUUUGCACGGUUACGUGGCCAACGCACCAUCCAACGACGAUAGGCUAGAUUUUCUGAAAACGACGGCCUACAAGGCCGCAGCAUCCGGAGUGGCGGAAGCGUGGCUUCAAACUAUCAUGGAAGGUAGCAAGGCUGGCAAGGCCGAGCCGUUGGAUGCAGGACAACAAGUCUCUAUGCGAACAGACUUUUGGUGGUUGGGCGCAAAGGAAGGGUACGUGCAGGUAAAGGACGUCAAACUUGUCAAGCAACGUAACGUGUGUCACGACGGGUGUAUACCUCAGCCAUUUACACUGGCGUGA